AUGCCACCUGCUAUUAGCGACGACGAUGCCUCCGACGUUGGCGAAGUUACAGUCCCUCUACUUACGACGCGCGGAAAGAAGGCUCGGGCUAGCCUAGAGGAUGACGAUGACGAGAUGCGUGAUGUCGAGAAAAACAAAGUCGUAAAAGACGAAGCCGCGAAUGGCGAUGGUGACGAUGAGCAAGGAGAAGACGACGAAAACUUGGACGAGGAUGAGUAUAUUGUCGAGAAGAUCCUCGCUCAUGUCGUUGAACCCGAUGGCGCAUUAAAAUUUAAGGUCAAAUGGGAAGGUUGGGAGAAAAAGUCGGAUCAGACCUGGGAAAACUACGAGAGCCUUAGUGAGAACGCUUCCGACAUCGUCGAAGAAUACCUUAGUCGCUUCGGCGGACUAGACAAGAUUUUAGAUGAAGGGAAAUCGGCACUAAAGACGAAAAAGCGCGGUCGACCUGCGUCGGGUACCCCGACUAAUGGCACGAAACGGCGACGCAACGAAAGCCACCCUGCUUCAGAAACCCCUCCAGCUAGCAACCGAGCCUGGAAGCCUCCGGUAGGUUCCUGGGAAGAUGAGGUCGAGUCUAUUGAUGCUUGCCAUGAUGAAGUUAGGGGCAAGUUAGUCGUAUACCUUACCUGGAAGAACGGAAACAAAACCCAACAUGAUACCAAGGUCGUUUACAAACGAUGCCCGCAAAAGAUGCUUCAAUUCUACGAACAACACGUCAAGAUUGUUAUGGCAUCGUCAGAUGGCGCCAUCAAAGAAGAAUAA